AAUGCCACAUUUCGGAAUGGCCACCGUGCUGGAAGCGGCUCAUUUGCCUGCUUGCAUUCUGUGCAAAUAAUAGACGAUGGUACGAGAUCGUAUUGGUGCGCAGAGGUCACUGCUAUGGUCGGAUAGACCACGGGCAUGCUACUGGUCACGUUGCUUCCGCCGCUCCGUCGUGUACAAGGAGCAGCACGAGCUGGCCGAAGCUGUGUAUCCGUACCGUACCGCGCGGGUAUACUAAGACCAAGCAGCAAUGUCAGAUGUCAGCCCGGACCCUGGUCACGCUCCUCCACUUGGCUGAGUAAAAAGCAAGUCAAAUCUCGAUCCGACUUCCCUGAUAAAGCUCGGCAUUUUUCCCCGGCAGCCGUUGUAUACGUUCAUUGGAGGGUGAAUUCAGGCACCAAGAUUCGUCGUGGAGAAGUCGAACUAACUUACUUUGUUAUACAACGCGUCAUUCAUUACAUGAAGCUAAGCUUGGGCUUACUGUUACUGUGUACUGAGCGAUUCAGAUCUCGGGCGCUUUAUAUGUCGGGCUUGGGUACCGUAUGAUUAGUGUAAAGGGGAUAACAGGAUGGAGAAAAGUGGUGUUAUCAGUGAAUUUCGUUGAGGUGUCUUAU